AUGGUAUUCACAAUGUCAAAUUGGACUAGCAAUGAGACCGGUGGACCUGAAACAAAGUUUUAUUCAACUAGCAGAACAUCUACUGUAGUUUCAUGUUCAUCUACUUCAUUGCCCAUCACAACUACAGCAACGCCGCCGCCGCCGCCGUCGUCGUCGUCGACGACGACUACAGCAAGGGAUUUUUUUGAUGACGAAAUCUCACUUGUCUUGAUCAAUAGCGAUCCUAUGGAAUGUAAUGAAAACUUUUCCAUCUUCAUAAAAUGUAUCAUUGACAAUAUUUAUGUCGAUACCAAUAGCCCGCCCACUUACCAAGAGUUGUCCUUGUACGCUUUGAAGCUUUUGUCGCUGAAUUUGUUUGUCAAAAAUUCCAGAUUUUGCAUUGGCAAGAUAUUGGCGUUUUUAGAGACAUUCGCGGCAGUUACCGAGUAUAGAUUGGAAGCAAAGGCCAACGAGAGCAAUGAUGCAGAUCUCAUGAAACAAAAAGCAGACGAUCGAAUAAAGUUUGAAAGUGAAAGCUUGAAGGAGUUCUUGUGUAUCACUUUACUCCUACUCCUCAAACUCAAGAAUAGCAGCAAUGAAAAAGACGAUAGGGAUGAUGAUGAAAGUGUUCUGAGUGCAUCUUCGACUUCAACGCAACCUGAGAACUUAGACUUGCUAGGCAUUGAAGAAGUUUUCAAAACACUUCAAACAUCCAAGUUUAUCGCAAUCAUUACUCGUUUCAUAACUACUCAAAUUAAAGCAGUAGAUCAAAAUGAAUCGUCCUUUGUGAUUUUGAAAUUCAGUUGUGAUUUGGUGUUUGAGUAUUUGUACUACAUUGAGUUUCUAUCCUCAAAAGAACUUGCGGAACUCGCGAGUAAUGACAAUGAAAUAAUUGCGGUAAUUAUAAAGUACCUUUUGUCCUCGGAACAUUUUAAUAACUAUGAUCUAGAUAGCGAUGAAUUUAACAAUGAAAGUAGACUCGUAGCUUAUGAGGAGCUAAAGCUUUUGUUGUUAAUUAAUGAACAGUUUUUGAUGAAUUCGUAUAACGAGCUGCGGAGCACCAAUAAUGUCUUUGCGGAGCUCACCAACAACAACAAGGACACAAACUGUAAUAUGAAAAAUAUUGUUGGCUUUAUUAAUCUAUUGAUUUACCAUUUGAACCGAGAGGAAUCCCAAAUCAUCAAGUUGUUGAUUUUGAAGUUUCUCUACCAAGUCUUUACUACAUCCUACACUGCAAAACUAAUAUAUCGAAACGACUUGAAAAUAUUGAUUGAUAUCUUCAUUAGAGAAUUGGACAAUUUAGAAUCUAAAGAUAGUAUUCUCAUAUUCACUUACUUGAGAGUACUUUACCCGAUAUUGAUGUAUUCCGAAUUGAGUGACUGUGGAAACUACAAGAAUAUCGAGUUAUGGGACGUUUUAAGUCAUACUAUUACCAAUCCAGGGUCCAAAACAAGCGGGUCUGAGGAGAGGUUGUUAAUGCUGCAAUUAGCAGCAAAAUGUAUGAAAGUUAAGUGGCUAGAAGCCUCUGUUACAAAGAUGAAGAACAAUAGUCAAAAUAAUGGACGCCAUCUUCGUCAUGAGCCAACACUUCCUUCUUCGCUCGAGUCGUCUCCGGAAAAGCAUUCACUAGAGGACUCGACUAAGGGGGCGGUACCGACAACAUCACCAUCAUCAUCAUCAUCAUCGAUAACAACGGCUACAACAACGACAAUGACAACACAUAUUGAUGGCAUGACUACGCCAUCAACACCAUCAACACCACCACCACCACCACCACUAUUCACCCGAGUUGCGUCUGUGCGUUCAUCAUCAAGGGCCGAUUACCACAAACAUACCACGGCACAUAAUUUCUUGGAUCGUAAAAGUAGCGGAAAAAGGGCAAAAACAAAUACAAGUACAUCAUUAGGAAGUAUAUUCGAGGAGAACAAUAACAAUGUUUUCUUAAAGCAAUUUGCGCAGAAAUUGGCUAUUACAAGAAACAAUGACAUUCCGAUAGAUGAAACGUCGGAUAUUUCUGAUAAUCCUAGUUGUCAAGAUUCUAAUAUACUAAAUUUGCCAAACGAAUACCUACAAUCAAAACCGCUUCCUAAGAUCCCAGUACCUAAAAAGAUAAGAGGGCAAUUUUAUCAAAACGAGGGUUCUGCUGCAUCUUCCUCAAGUUCACUUAACUCAGAUUCUUCCGUCAAGCAAAAGGCAAGAAAGAAAAAAGCUCCGCCGCCGCCACCUCCACCUCCAAGACGUCGUAAAUAA